AUGAAUCCCGAAUACCCAUUGGACCAAGCUGAGACCGAAUCGGCGCUGUUCCCCUCCUACACACAGCCUACUGAAUUCCAAUUCCCUGAGACCCCCCUCCUUGGCCGUGGCGACUUGACCACCGGCGACCAGCCGACUACUAAAGUCCCGAUCCCUCGAAACCCGCAGCCCAUUAGCUGGGCGAGAAGCGGUCGAGUCAGUCGGGCUUGCGAAAACUGCCAAGAGCAAAAGGCUAAAUGUAGCGGACACCAUCCCGUCUGCCUUCGUUGCAAGGAUGCUGGUGUCCGGUGUUCGUAUAGCGAUCGGAAGAGGGAGAAGAUGGCCAAGCAACUCAGUGAUCUUACUGCACGAUUGGAAACCUACAAAACUCUCCUGCAAGACCUCUAUCCCAGACUAGACAAUCUUUCGGCCCGCCAUGUUGACCAGACUCUUAAGGAGGUGUGUUCUAGUCAUCCUCGCCCCUCUAUUAUUGCCUCCUCACCAUCUCAUUUUGUCCAGUAUUCAGAUCCUUUAACGCCUCACCCUGAUCCCGAGGGCACGCCCUUGACUCCCGGGGCUAUCGACUACACUGAAGAAGAUUUUAACAGAGAUGAGAAACUCCAGGCUAUGGGGUUUGUGGGCGAGCACUCGGAGGUGGCCUGGCUGUAUAGACUCAAACGGGACCUGGACCAAGACACCACGACACCGGCCCGCACCUCUUUCGAUCGCCCUUCUAUCUCGUCAGUCAACUACUUCCAAGAUGAGCUAGAAAUCUCUGUCCUCGACGAAGUAGACCUUUCGACCCGCCCUCCUCAAAACGUCGCUAGUCAACUCAUCAACGGCUACUUCCUUUCGGUGCACCCUGCCUUCCCGAUCAUUGGCAUGACCACAUUUCUUGGUCAAUGUGACUCCUUCUACAUGAAUCCCAGAGUCCGGCCUGGCAAACGAUGGUUGGCAGUGUUGAAUUUGAUAUUUGCUAUUACAGCGAGACGUUUGCUGCUGAUGGGCCAUUCGCCCCACUCGGAGGCGGAUAGCCAUUUAGUAUAUUUCACGCGGGCGUGGCGCCUCGGCAUUGACAAUGUAGCGUUGCUUUCACACCCGGACCUACAGCAGGUCCAAGUCGAGGGCUUAACAGCCUUCUAUCUUCUGUCUGUCGGACAGGUUAACAGGUCAUGGAGAAUUAUUGGUAUUGCGAUCCGAUCAGCCGUGACUAUGGGGCUCAACCUCCGUAGCGAGAGCUCUAUCAUUGAUCACCUUUCCAAGGAGAUAAGAUCUCGGGUGUGGUGGGCGCUCUUUAUGUUAGAUACCAUACUAUGUGUGAUGACCGGCCGACCGCCCAGCACCAUUGAGUCCUUCUGCUCUACGCCUCUCCCGCUGCCGUAUACCGAGGAGGAAUUUAAUAAUAAGCAGAUCAUGCAGCUUAUCACGGAUCAAGAAGCCCGGGGUGUGUUGAUGUCUUCCCUGCUUUCCACGGAGCCAGCGAUUGCAGCCAGGGAGAGCCUCGUCGGUCACACCCGUUCCGCACAGUUGGACAGCAAAAGAAAGCAGGUCGAGCGGAAAGCUCAGACUCUUGCCCCAAAUAGUUCGCUUUACUUUUUGUACGCAGUGGACUUAACGUUACUCACCCGUGAGGCCGUGGAAACUCUGUACGCGCCUCGAGCGAAGAGACGAUCAUGGUUAGAAACUGAAAUCAAGAUUUCUACCCUUAAUAGCCAGGCCGACAGAUGGCUAUCUCGUCUUCCUGCGGAAUUCCACUUCGUCGAACUCGAUACAUCGCGGCCUUUUGCUUGGGAGCGUGCCAGUCUAGCCUUGCGCUUCUACACCACCAAGAUAAUCAUUUCACAGCCCUGUCUUCGCCACCUUGCCAACCUACCCAUUGCGACCUUUCCCAGCGCUGUGUGCAAUACUAUGGCUGCUUUGUGUGUUCAAGUUGCGGGACAGAUUCUCGACCUUCUACCUAAUGAGGUAGACACGGUAUGGUUAUACGAGAUAUCCCCGUGGUGGUGUAUUCUUCACCAUAUCAUGCAAUCCAGCACGAUCCUUUUAAUCGCACUAUUCACGCGAAUCCGGUUUGUCAUAGCCGAUGCAGAUAAUAUCGCAGAGAGGGUCAAGAAGGCUACUCGGUGGCUGAACAAAAUGUCAGCCAAAGAUACCUCCUCGCAGCGAGCUUGGCUUAUCUAUAUGGAUCUUCUCUCGCGCCACGCCUCUAAGCUUGGAUUGGAAGUUGAACCUGGGCUCAAUCUAUGA